CCAAAAACAUUUUGAAUGAUUUCCCAUUUCCAAAACGUAGCGCUUUCUUUAGCGUUCCUUGGUGACGAUGAGGUGUUGGGCCAUAGUCAUAGAUGGCGUAGUAUUAGUGGAAGUGAGACUCUACUAACAUGGUGGAAGGAACUACAAGUAACGUUAAUUAAUCUUGACUGUACCUCCAGUAGGUCAGUCGCUGCAUGCCUAGUACUAGUAGUAGUAAGACAUCGCGACGUCGACAGGGAAAGGGUACGUUACUAUCUUCCCAUCACAGUGCAUUUUUUUGUUUUGAUUUUGGUAAAUCUACUAGCAGCCUGCACGAAAGAUGGCCGAAGCUGUGGCCGAUCGUGUUUACCAAGACGCUAAUAGCGAUGACAAAAUAUCUCGGGCCGUGGAAAGAGUAAAAUUCGCGCAGCAAGUAUUACAACUCGCGGAUUCUCUGGACAAAAAAGAAUCUCUGGCAAAGGAGGUGAAAACAGCUGUGGAUCAUGCUGGCAAGGGUGUGGAUGUGUCUAGUUUCAGCAAGAACGCGGACUUGUUGUACCGCUUAGCACAAGAUGGUCUGCUGCAUAACGAUGGCAAGUAUGUUCGUGUGCGUGAGUGUCUUGCGCGCUUGGCAAUGGAGUCUAAUCAAGGAGAGCUGUACAUGUACAAGUCGAGGAAGCAAGCAUUGGAUGAUCUCUAUGCUAUCCAUAAACAGCCUGCCGGGGAUGGAAGUCAACAGGGCAAGCAUGAACUCAAGUGCUUUCCGAUGAUGACGAAGGAGCAAAAGCGCCGAGGUUAUUCAAUUAUCAUCAAUGUCAACACAUUUGAUAGUAAAGACGCACCCGACCGGCCAGGAUCCCGCGAUGAUGCCAUCAAGAUGAAAAAGUUAGCUGAAUGGUUGCAGUUUGAAGUUCCCGAUGACUGCUAUGAGGAAGAUGCUCAAGGAAACAUUCUGGAGAUAUUCCAAUCCAAAUUGAAAAGCAUGGCGUAUGAUCCCAAGUCGGAUUGGCUGAUGUGCUGCUUCAUGAGUCACGGUGCACAAGAUAGUCUUAUGUCCAGCAACGGCAAACUAGUGCACAUACACCAACUUUUCAAUGCAACUCGAGACCCGAGCCUUGCUGCAUUGAGCGAGUCCUCUCUGCCGAAGAUAUUUAUUCUGCAGGCAUGCCGCGAUCAGAAUAAGCCGGACAUCCCGCCAGCUCCCGUUUGCGAGGUGGAGCUCAGCAACAUGCUGUACAUGUAUGCAACCAGAUAUGGAGAAAAGGCAUUCCGUCUUGACAACGGUUCACCCUAUCUAGGGAUACUUGACAAAUGCCUAAGGGAACUGGUGCCACAGCACGUACCCUUGCACGACAUACUGACGGAAGUGUACAAGAUUUGCGAGGAAAAGCGCCUGCGUACUAGGGUGGGGAACGGAGUGGAGGAAGUGCGUCAGAGACCGUCUUUUGUGGUAGAGAUGGGCUGCAGCAUUCAGCUAGACUGGCCUGAUCGAGUACGCCGAGACCCAUAGUCAAGACUGGCCUGAUCGAGUACGCCGAGACCCAUAGUCAAGCAAGUGUACAAUAUUACGUGCGAUACAGCAGUAGGCCAUGCUGCAAAGAUGUAUAAUUAUUUGAACAGUACCUAGUCAUGGCAGUGCAACGAUAUUGUACUUUUAAGUACCCGCACCAUUGGUAGUGACAAGGGCAUUGGUAGCAGCUCCAUAAUAAUAACACCAACUGAGCUGCACGUAGUGACUUUGCAUGUGCACAACUAGCUAAAGACGUGGACAGCGAAGAAAACAGUGGCAGCCUCUGUGGCUAUCACAAGGACCUCUCAGAUUAAUUAUUAGAGUGAACACAUCGAUUGCCAUUGCCAGUGGUCAUUUUCUCACUCUCAUCUGCCUGUGAGAAGCUUUUUUUCAGUAGUAUAACUUUAUAAUAGAUCAUCUUUCUUACAACUAGGAUAGUUUGGACAUUAUCUUACUACUUCUUUGGACUAGCAAUAAUGUACCUCUUAUGACGUCGAACACUUUUGCACUUUCUUUCUGUUGCUUUCCGUUAUUUAUUUUUAAUUUAUCUAUUUUUUUAAACAAACGGCGAGGAGACAACAAUUUGAUAACCGCAAUCAGUA